UUACACAGGAAGUAUAGAGCGACCGAUCCCAUCGCAUAGCCGAACAGUGUAAAGUUCUCAACUUAUAACACAAGCUCUAUAGCUGUUAUACGCAUGUUUUAAGUCUCCUCGCGUAUCUCUAGAGCAAAGCAUGCGUCUAAGUUUCUGAUAUUUCUGUUGUCUCCGUGACUAUAUGUGGAUCGAUCAGAAGUAUGUGAGUUCAGUGCAUUCUCAGCGUUUGCGGUGCAAUGUCUUCCUUGUUGAUACUUCUCAUAUUGUCUUCAGAUUUAGUCCGCAACAGUUUUGCAGACAGUACGGAAUGCCAGGUGUACAACAAUCUAUACGUAUGUAUGGACGGUAGUAAACUUAAUAGCGUCGCUUUCGCAGACGUGCGCGCUGUUCAGACUAUCGAUGAUAUUGAAGUGCACUUGGAAAAUCUCGGUAUCACCGAUAUAUCAGCGAAUGCCUUUACGGAAGUUAAAAACGCCUCCUCGCUCUACCUCAGAGACAAUGAAUUGUCGAUAAUACCGAAGGGUUUCUGUCGAGUAAUGGAUCAGUUGACUUACCUCGAUUUAUGCAAUAAUUCCAUCAGUGCAAUAGAAGACGGUGGUCUCGCAAUGCUGACUAAUUUGGAAACCUUGUUAUUAGAUUAUAACAACCUUACAGACUUUCAACCUGGCGUAUGGAAAGGGUUGUCGAAUUUACACGAACUCUAUUUAACGAACAACAGCGUUGUCUUGAGAAAGAAUAUGUUCAAGGGAUUGAAGCAUCUUGAAACUUUGGCUCUCGACGCGAACAAAAUCACCAAAAUACCCGUUGGAACAUUUAACGGCUUACCACACCUGGACUUACUCUACUUAUCGCGUAAUAUGCUAUCCACUUUAAACGCCGAGGUUUUUCGUACUAUCGGUGAAGUGAACGAAUUGGAUCUGGGAAGAAAUUAUAUUUCCAUAAUACCUACGGCUAUCUUCAAGUACCUUAAAAAUCUCGACUCCUUGUGGCUCAAUGGGAAUCAAGUGGCUACGUUACAGGCGAGUGCCUUCGAAGGCCUGGAAAAUCUUUCGUCACUUUUUCUCAACAGCAACGAGUUUCAAAGUGUUGAACUUUCAGCGUUCGCAUUGAUGAAAAAUGUCACAAUCGAACCUGGCUUUCGACUCGGUGGUUCCCUUAUUACCAAUUUUAACCAUCUCCGAGGCCGAUUCAGAUGCACCAGUAACGAUUAUCAGGAACCCUACGAUUGCGAAAGAAUUGAAAAUCUGUGACCUAGUUAACGUCGACCCUUUGAUACUCAUCGAUUUACACAUUAUAUUCACCAUGCAAUGUAAUAUCACCAUGAUGCGAUAUGUUGGGUGCUCAUUUCUUUUUGCCUACAUGAAGCAAGAUCUCUUUCAUUCUGUAUUCUAAUACAUACAUAUGUAUAUCUGUAGAAACUGAUGGUCGCAUUAUUCUUCCCAACAUUCGUGAAGCUCGUAGUUUUUUUUUCGAGUGGCGAGAUAUCUUGUCAAAUGUCUACACGUACUUCCGACCUAUUUACAUAUCUGAAUUAACAUAACUGAAUUAUUUUUCUUUUAUUAUAAUGUCAUCUAGUAAUUAAUUUUACCACAUAUCGUAGACAUAGAGAGUUCAUGGUAUUUACAAAUAAUACAUAAGAAAUUUAUAACAUGACUAUAUUAUCGACAGCUAUAUAUCGAAAAUACUAUGCGGUGAGGAAAUGUAUAUCCAUUUUUGUAUAACACUGCACCUAAAAUGUAAUUAAAAUACAUCAUCCACAG